AUGACCCCAUCCAAGCGGGCCAAGUUCGAGCAAACCAUUGGAAACGAUAACGUCAACCUAUUGGGCCAGAUUCUUGUGGCCCUCCAAAAUAAUGCGGGUACGCCGAUUGAACGUCACGCGAUGCCUACUUCCUCACCCCCCAACGAGAGUAACAUCGAAGCUUACCUGGAUUUCAUAUCUGUCCGCAACAAGGACGAAGUCCUUGAGGUCCUAACCGCCAAUGACCUGACGUCCCACAAGAUCUUCAAGGGAGGAUUACCUCGUAAGGAUGUCUUGGACCUUGGUUUGACACUCGGCACCGUCACCAAGUUGUUUGAGAAUGCUUCCAAGUUCGAUCGGCACUUAAGCUCUUAG